AUGGAGGACUUGAGUCUGGACCUGUCUAGCCUCUGCUCGCUUACUCGACUUCUCCUUUCCCACGCCGACCACCAACUGCGCGAGGCGACUGAUUGCCUCCAUCUGGAUCCGGCCGAGGAAGACGGUCUCUUUUCUAUCGCCCCGGCAACUGCGGAUGAUACGCAUGAGCAGCUCUACGCUGUGUUGUUGGCCCUGCGCAAUCUUUGGUUGCAUUCACUGCUCUUCGCGGGCUCGCCCUUUUCUGCUCACUGCCUCGAUGACACCUCCGUCGCUCCGCUUCGGGGGCCGGACUCGGAGCCGGACUCGAAGGAGCGGGGUUCGGCGGUCGGGGCUGAGGUUGGCGAAUCAUCUCACCGGACGGUCUCAACUGCUCGGGCGAUCAGAGGCAGUGAAGACGAGGAGGCCGACGAUGGUGGGAUGAGUUCAGUCGAAGCUGUUCAGACUUCCGACAAAUGGCUGAAUGCGAAGCGGAGAGAUUUCGUGAAGGAGAUAGACCUUCGACUUAAACAACAUCUGGACUUGAUCGAGGCCUCGGGCCUUCCCGACUUGAAGUCAACUCGGGCUACCAUUACAGGCCGUACUCGCGAGAGAAAGGCAAGAGCUGCUGUUAAUUGUAUCCGCUGA